AAUAAAAAAUAUAAAUAAUAAUAUUUUUUAUUUUCUAUGAUAACAAUCACAAUAUGGAAAUCAGCUAAAAAUAUAUAUUAGUUGAUUUUUUUGAUCUCUCUCUCUCCUUUCUCUUUCUUUUGUUUGUUGUUGUUGUUGCUGCUGCGUUUGUUCACUCUCUCCAGUUUAUCUCCACUGUCCAUGAUCUAUUCUUAUAAAAGAAAAAGCUUAUCUCCUCGCGCUAUUGGAUUCUUUUAGAUUUCUUUUGCCAAUUCCGUUUAUUAAGCUAGUACUGGUGUUUCUCACUCUCAAUCUUUACUCUUUUAGUCUUUGGAGAGGAUCCCAAAAACCCAUCAAUUGUCAUCAACGCAAGAACGGCUCAGUGGAGGUGGAGAAAGUGUUGCCCUUUUAAUUCAAUCAAAAUGCAGCCCUGUUUCUUGGACUAUUAAGGCAUUGCCUUUCUUGAUCUUGCCACAGUAAUCAUGAUUUAUCUCAAGAUUCUUGGGUUUUUGGGCUCUGAAUCAUUGCCCAGUUAGUGCAUGGUUUUCAAGAAGAUAAAUCGUCGCCACUCGUGGUGGGUUUGGGAUUCCAAGUGAAAAAUCUCAUCUGGGUUAAUUUCAGGUACUAAUUUAAUUGUGUUUUAUUUAGUAAUAAUAUCCGGGGCAACGAAUCUACGGUUACUUUUUGGAGUUUGAUUUGGGAAGAGAAUUAAUCGCUCAAUUGACUGGUCCAAGCUCAAGAUUCAGAUGUUAUUACUUUGCUCUUAAUUCCACAAUUAUAUAUUUUUGUUCAGUUUUGGUUUUUUAUGGAGAAAUGCUGGGAAGAUUCCCAAAGUGUUGAGUUUCAUUGCAGUCUAUAAGAGCUUCUUUUACAAGAAACUACAAAAGAGAACCAUAGAAAAGAAAGAUUGCAACGGUUGGAACCUUCAAAGCUGCUUUAUACUCUAUCCUUGGCGAAUCUAUUUUCUUUAAUACAGUACCCGUUGUUUUUCUUUAUUUAUUGUGGAUGCAUAGAGAGAUAAUAUUGUAGACGUGGCUCCCACGAACUAUGGAUUUCAAGUAGUCUAAGAGAAGAUUUUGUUGCAGUUUCGUUGGGGGAAUUUACUGCAUUUUCUCUUUGAAUUUCCGUUUUUUAUAAUUCUUGGAUCUGAGACACUAAACAAGUAGAAGAUUUCUGGUGUUGACUUGGUCGGUGUUUUGCUGUGGGGUUUCAUAAGAUUAAACUGGUGGCAUUGUACUGAAGCUUUUUUCAAAGCAUCCAUGGGGCUUCUUGGAAGUCUCGUGCUGAUGCUUCUUCAUAUAUGGUUCCUCUGGUUGCCUGGUCUUAAGGCUCAAUCGCCUAACUCUGCUCGAGACCUUGAUGCUCUCCUCCAAGACUAUGCCUAUAGGGCAUUCCCUAAUGUUCGUCCCAGGACUGGCAUUCCCUAUGACGGGGAUGUUCCCUCGGAUUUGAGUGGAAUUAACAUUGCAGCAAUGAGGCUGCGGAGUGGUAGCUUGAGGAGGAAAGGUGUUAAUAUGUACAAAGAUUUUGGGAUUCCUUCUGGAGUUAUUGAGCAACCUUAUGUAGAGAGGCUUGUUUUUGUAUAUCAAAAUUUGGGUAAUUGGUCUUCAAGGUAUUAUCCACUGUCUGGUUAUACUUAUCUUGCUCCGGUUCUAGGUCUUCUUGCUUAUAACGGUGCAAACUUGUCUGCUAUGAAUUUACCAGAAUUGAACAUUAGGGCAACUGGCAAUCCCAUAAAAAUCAAAUUCCCAGAUGUGAAAUCAGCUCCAGAUGGGUAUGUUGCUAAAUGUGUGUGGUUUGAUUUACAAGGCUCACCAAAUUUUAGCAAUGUAGCAUCUGGAAAUGAAUGUUCAACAAUUGACCAAGGGCAUUUUUCUAUAGUUGUUGAAUAUAAUGCCCCUUCUCCAGCACCAGUUUUUCCUACUCCAUCUGGUGAAGCUCCAAAUGUUCCAGGACGAGAAGGACAUAAAAAGAAUAAUUCUAAAGUGUGGAUAAUUGUUGGUUCUGUGCUGGGUGGCCUAUUGUUGUUGGUGCUAUUGUCAUUUCUAGUGCUGUGGGUGCAUAAGUUGAAGGAAAGGAAGAAACUGCAAGAGAUGGAGAGGGCUGCAGAUGUGGGAGAAGCCCUGCAAAUGACAUCAGUUGGGGAAACAAAAGCACCUGCAGCAAUGGUUACUCGAACGCCACCAACCCUUGAGAAUGAAUAUGUGCCAUAACUCUCACCAUUUGUACAAGCUUCCUUUACCUUGCCACAACAAUUCUUAUUCAAGUUCAAUUCCUGUAUUCAGAAAUUCUUCAAAUCGCACCUAUUUUUGGUGGUGUCUGUUCCUCGUGCGCUGUUUGCUCCUGGUAGGCUCUUCCAUUGCAGUGUGGGUAAUAUAGGAUUUUCGUGUAAAUCUGUUAUCACUCACAUACCGUUCAUAGGUUAUGAUUCAUGGUGGUGUGCAUUUAGGCAAAAGUGAUUCUAUAUGUGAUGAAUUUAGUUUAUCCAUUGACAAAGAAUAAAACUUUCCGUGGUGCCCUUCGCUUCUAUAUUGUUUUUGUCUAGUUUUCUGGAAUGAAAGAUUUAGGUUACUUUGUCAAUCUCAGAUUUAGGAGCUUCGAUGUGUGAAUUUAUUCUGAGAUUAAGCUAGCUCAAGCAGGCUAUAGCUUCUGCUUCUCUCAUUCCUGUUCAUUUAUUGAGUCAUUUUUUUGAGCAAAUGUUAGAUUUGAGUUGUUCUUUCCUUGUGACUAUGCCGAAAGAUGAUUCAUUCUUUUUUGUUCUGUGUAAAAUUUAGCAUUGUUUUAUUGAUCUAUUAAGAAAAAAUUAUGUAUUUGGCAUCA